UACCUCUAGAGGUCAUCAGGCAGGAUUUACGACUGGACAACAAAAGCACGUGAUGUGAAGCCGUACCCCAUAUUUGGGUGCCUACGUAGGAGGGAACCAAGUACAUGUCCCAGUCAUUUCCAUAAUUCAUCAUAAAUUGUGCAAGGGUGCUAUAGACGCACAAAACGACCAAGAGCCACAAAUCAAGCACACAUAUCAAAAAACAAAUGAGCUCUUAUUUUGUAAACUCAUUUUGCGGUCGCUAUCCAAAUGGCCCGGACUACCAGUUACAUAAUUAUGGAGAUCACAGCUCGGUGAGCGAGCAAUACAGGGACUCCGCCAGCAUGCACUCCGGCAGGUACGGAUACGGCUACAAUGGCAUGGACCUCAGCGUCGGGCGCUCUGCUUCCACCCACUUUGGUGCCAAUGAGAGACCCCGCAGUUACACGGCCAACACCACCUCUGCCUCGACAGAGCCCAGGUACAACCAGCCCGCGACGUCUUCCCACUCGCCUCCCCCUGACCCUCUGCCCUGCACCGCCGUGGCCGGUUCGCCUGUCAGCGAGAGUCACCACGGGGUGAAAAACUCCCUCGCCAACUCCACCAGCACUUCGUCCAAUUCCAGCAGCAACACGCACAUCAGCAGAGAUGGGGUUGGCACCUCGUCUGGGACUGAGGAAGACACUCCAGCAAGCAGCGAGCAGGCAAGUGCCCCGACCGACCAAAGCACAGCCCAGGCUUCACAGCCCCAGAUCUACCCCUGGAUGCGAAAACUGCACAUAAGUCAUGACAACAUAGGGGGACCAGAAGGGAAAAGGGCUCGGACUGCUUACACUCGCUAUCAGACCUUGGAGCUGGAAAAGGAAUUUCACUUCAAUAGAUACCUGACCCGCAGAAGAAGGAUUGAAAUAGCACAUGCUCUUUGCCUCUCAGAGAGACAAAUAAAGAUCUGGUUCCAAAACAGGAGAAUGAAAUGGAAAAAGGAUAAUAAGCUGAAAAGUAUGAGCAUGGCAGCUGCAGGAGGGGCAUUCCGUCCCUAAGCGUUUGAUCAAUUAAAAGUACUGAGCAGUAUUAGCUGACCCUGCGUCUCAUGUCAGUACUAAGUUGACUUUCUAAAACUUCCUUGUGUUACUUCUGUGAAGAAACCCUGUUCUUGUCGCCCUUAUUCAUCUUUUAAUCAUGAGCCUGUUUAUUACCAUUUUCUCGCGUGUAUAAGUAGAUCUGCUUUUAUCGUACAUUUCUUUGUCUUGAAUGGCUUUGUCUUGAAAAAAAUAAUAGAUGUUUUAACUUAUUUAUAUGAAGCGAGCUGUGUUACUUGAAGUAACUGUUAAAACAAAUCAAAACUAAGCAAAAAAAGGACAAAAAAACGGAAGGUAAAAAAAGGAGAGAGAAAGAAACCCUCCCCCGGUUUAGUACAAAUGUUAUGUGUUGCACUCAACCUGCUUAACUGUGCAUGUGUGGUCAAGUGUUAAUGUCUGUAUAGCUCCAAGCUGUUAAAAAUAUUUUUAUUCGAACUACCUAUAUAAUUCCCGUGUAAUUAAUGCUGUUGUAGAGGUGAAAUGAUGAAAUCAACUGAACUUGUCCUACGUGUAGUGAAUAGUGAAUCUGUGACGAAAACUGUGAUUCCAAGCAGUAUGUCCUUGCUGUGCCUUUGUAUAUGACUCUUUGCACGAACUCUUAGAAGUGGCUCUUAUUAAGCGCAGCUUCUGUGAUGUAUGUUUUUUGUGAAGAAAGUUACAAAUAUAGUCAAAGUCUGGCUGUUUGAGCAAACUGUGAUCAGCUUUUUUUUUUUUUUGUAUUUGUUUUUAAAAAAAAAAGACUGGAAAUCAACAAAAAAAAUAAACUUUCUAUUGUAAA